CCUCGCCUCUUUCAUAACAAGGAGGAACAUCAUCCCGAGACCUGCCACACCGCGCGCUCCUCUCAGACCGGCCGCAGCCUGCACGCACUGUCUGAACCAGAGAAGGGCUGUCUCCACCGCAGAAAUGGGGGUUAAAAUACACAUAAUAUACUGUGGUGGAUGAGGGUACAGACCCAAGUACACCAAACUCAAGACGUUGCUUGAGGAUGAAUUUCCAGGCGACCUUGAGAUUUCUGGUGAGAGCACCCCCAGAACAUCGGGGUGGUUUGAGGUAGAGGUGAAUGGCAAGCUGGUGCACUCCAAGAAGAAUGGGGAUGGCUUUGUGGACUCUGAUCAGAAGAUGGCCAAGAUUGUGAGUGCUAUCGAGAAGUCCAUUGGCAAAUGAGCCUAUGCUGAUCUAGGAGUUUGUUCUUCUUCGUGUGUCGACCUCUCUGGCAGUGCAACAAUGAUGGUGACUUCCGAAGUGUCUUUGACACGGUUGCUACUUGAUGCUUACCGCAUUUCCAAGGAGGAGGCUCUCGGAUUGUGCAAACUCUAGAUUAAAAACGGUUUUACAUAAUGUUAAGGGAAUUCAGGACAAACCUUGCUUUUAUUGUUAUUAAAAAACGCACAAGGAAUGUUUUGGCUUUUGGACAUUUUGAAUAAUAAUGCAAUAAUAAAAAGAUUCAAGUUCUGAAAUAA